AUGACUAAACAUAAAGCGGUAACAAUUGGGGAUAAGCUAGGUUUUGGAACCAUGAGUAUGACAUGGGUGGACCAUGUUCCACCAAUUGAGCAGUCGUUAGAAACUUUGGAGUAUGUGACCAGUCCAACGGGCCCAAAUGUUAAGUUCAUCAAUGGUGGUAUAUUCUAUGGUGGUGACGAUAUAAACUUGAAACUUCUAAAGAAAUUCAUUGACCAGAAACCUCCAGAAUUUACUAGAACGCUAACUUUUUUAAUCAAAGGAGGCGUUGAUCUCUCAAAAUUUGCAAUUCUGGGCUCCAAAGAGUCCAUUAGUAAGGAUAUCGACAAAAUUGUUUCUUAUUUUCCCAAGACAGAAGGUCGUCCCAAAAUUUUGUUUGAAAUCGGAAGAGUUGAUCGUAAUGUUCCUUAUGAAAAAUCAGUAGAAUACAUCUCCGACUAUGUGAAGAAAGGAAUAAUUGACGGUGUGUCUCUUUCGGAAGUGGGGUCAACAUCAAUGGUCAAGGCAGCUAAAGUAUUUCCAAUCUCUUUUGUUGAGUUGGAGCUAUCCAUCAUGACACAGGAUAUAUUGAACAAUGGUAUAUUAAAGACUGCAACUGACUUAGGCAUUCCAGUGGUAGCCUAUUCUCCACUAUCCAAAGGAUUUCUAAGUGACUUUGCGGUAGAAAAUGAGGAUGCUUUCCAUAAAGUUUUGAUGGCAGACCCCUUGAGAUCAACUUUUGACCGCAACAGUGAAGAAAAUUUUCCUAAGAAUAUGAAAUUGGUGAAAGCAUUAUAUCUAUUUGCUCAUGAUGUAAAACAUACUAGUCUUCAGUCUUUGGCUAUUUCAUGGAUUUUAGCGAUUUCUGAGAGGAAAAGUUAUAGGAAUAUUACUAAUGUUACUAAAAUCAUUCCAAUACCAUCUGGGUCUACCAGAUUGAGAGCCGAUCUGACAUUCAAUAAUAUUGUGGAACUUUCCAGUGAAGAUUUGAUAGAUAUUGACCACAUUGUCGAGACCAAUCAAGUUGCAGGAGGAAGAUAUAACGAAAAAUUGAGACAACAUUGUGAUCAAGAACAAUGA